AUAGAACCGGCCCGCCCAUCCAAUUCACCGGAAACGUACCUCUGCUGUGUGCUCUGAAUCUGACGGUUGCUUGAGAAAAGACUUUAACACUCAGAUUCCAGCUAUCGUUCACCACUCUCAGUCGCUCCAGUUGCAGAAACGUUUCUUCGAUUUGCAGGGAAAAUGGGUUUGUGGACGUUACUAGAGGGUUGCCUCCUUCUUGCAAAUGCACUAGCAAUAUUAAAUGAAGAUCGAUUCCUUGCACCGAGAGGAUGGAGCUUCUCUGAGUUUUCAGGAGGUCGGACAAAGUCUUUCAAAGGGCAGCUUAUUGGGCUUAUUUAUGCAACCCAGUAUAUGAGAGUUCCUCUUAUCAUACUCAAUGCUAUUUGCAUUGUUGUAAAGCUAGUGUCUGGAUGAUCCAGCGACUAAGGUAUGGUCUCGUGUGUCCAUGGAUAUCAUUGAGAUACUAGAAGUCACUAUGACGACGAAUUUUCUUCCUGCAACCCCUUGCCCAGCUAUCUCCUUGGACCUGCCGCUGCCCUUGCCCCGUACCCCCAACUCAAGAAUCUAAAGCAAAUAUUUGUCUUUUCUUAUAACCUAUGCUCACAUUUGUUUAUUACUCUUCCGUAAAGAUGUUGGACAUUGAUUUAUUAGGAUACGUAAAUGCAAAAAUGACCGGAAAAAUCCUUUUCAUAAAACUAAUUAGGUAGGAAGAGAACCACACUUGCCUUCACCUUGGAAAUGAAGACACAACUUGACAACCAAAGUACUAUAUGAUCAUAAGAAAUGUCAAUUUGGUGACUGAAUUAAUACCUUUAUAUUUCAUAUUCUGAUAAUGAUGAAGCUCAUGGAUUUUCUUUGCUCAGCCUGUGUUGGUGAUGGUCCAAUUUCUCUUUCAAACAAGAGACUAGCAAAUAGAUAUGUUGUGCAUCAUAAAUAGUCUAUUCCCCUGAGGUUGUUUAAUAUAUUUCUGCUGUUGUUUUUGUUAUUAAAUUCUUCUAGAGUUAUCAUCUUCCUUUUUUUUCUACCGUGUUUUAACUUAUA